ACGAAGACGGAAAGGCGCAAACGUUUUAUUAUAGGCGACAUUUAUAUAGAUAAUUUUUUCUAUAGAUACUUUUAUACUUAGUAUGUCGCGCAAAUGCUUAAGCCGCUACUCAAUCAUCUCAGAAGAUUUGCCGAAAGCUUCACAGCGCGCUUAAACGGUAUCCGGUCGCAUUUAGUAGCGAGUGGCAUACACUCGAUCUGGGCAUAGACGUCGUCGCAGGUGACAGCCACGAAGACGCGUACAGUGACGGUGGUACAGCGCACGAAUUGGUGAACGUUUGCGGGCAGUGCGAGCAUUUCAUUCGCGGCGGCUGGAUUACUCGUUGAAUAGUGCGCGAGUGGAACAUCACACAAAGUAGACAAUUUUUAUCAGCCAGCGAAAAGAAAGUUAUGACAGUGAAGAAUACUGAAAAAUUUUAUUUGUUUUGUUUUGAAAUCCCUAAAUCCAAAUCUAUGUGAAAUCGCAUAAAAGUUAAAAGUGUGGAAACGUGUUUUUUUUUUGGCUUUUAGUGGUUUGCUUUCAAGGUGAUACACAUUUUCUGAGUACACGCGCACUUAACUGGCCGCUUGCAGCGCCGUAUAUACUAUAUAUAAAGCGAAGGAAUAACCGCGUCGCCACAGCAAAGGAGUGUGAUCAAAUAGCAGCAAUAUGGAGGACUAUUGGGGCCUCAGCAGCACAAAUGAUAUAAAUUGCACACAACCCGCCAUCGAUGACUUUCCCAAGGAUCUGUUCACCGAGGCGCAGAGACAGUCAGGUGCUGUUGUACUUCAUGUGAUAGCCAGUUUAUAUUUAUUUGUAGCAUUAGCGGUAGUAUGUGAUGAGUACUUUGUGCCUGCAGUCGAAAAAAUAUGUGCAGCGUUAAAUAUGUCAAAUGAUGUGGCUGGUGCCACUUUUAUGGCUGCGGCCACAUCAGCGCCCGAACUAUUCGUCAAUGUGAUAGGCACAUUCAUCACAGAGGGUGACAUCGGUGUGGGCACCAUUGUCGGCUCGGCGGUGUUCAAUAUUUUAGCGGUGGCCGCGUGCUGUGGGAUUGGCGCGGGUAUGACCAUUCCACUAGAUUGGUGGCCCUUAACACGCGAUAGCAUAGCGUAUGGCGUCACAGUCGCCAUAUUGAUUUGUGUUAUGCACGAUGAACGUGUCGAGUGGUAUGAGGCGCUGAUAUUGGUCUCGCUCUAUGCUGUUUACUUGGCAGUGAUGUAUUUUGAUAAAUCGUUUCAAAAAUGUGCAAAAGGUGGCGUGAAACAGGCCCGCUCGCGCAGCCGUUCAUCCAAUUGCAGCAUACAGACAAAGAACAGCAAUGAAAAAGAACCAGACCUCGUCGAGAAUCGUAUUUGCCACAAACUCUCCACUAUACAAUUAAAUGGCGGCGUAAAUAAUGAGCCACCAAAGCUGCAACCAACGGCAUCACCACCUCCUGCAGCCACCACCGCAGCCACGAAUUCGAAUACGAAUUCAAAUUCUAAUACCACAGCAACAACAACAACAGCAGCUAUUUUACAACCACCGGCCGAUGCUAAAAUUCUAACCGCCACAAUUGCUACAGAAAAAGCAGCCGUGGAAUUACAGCCGACUGCAACAGUCGGCGGCGCUGUCUCGGUAGCUAUCCCGCCAUCAGCAGCAAGCGACGAGGAGGAUGAGGAAGAACAUUAUAAAUUGCUGCACUAUCCAAAGGAUAAAAGCUGCUUUGCACAAUUCACUUGGCUCAUCAUUUGGCCCAUACAUUUACUCUUUCGCAUAGCGAUACCGGAUUGCAAGAAGACAAAGAAUAAUAAGAUAUUUCCAUUGACUUUCAUUAUGUGUAUUGUGUGGAUUGGCUCGUUGUCUUAUGUGGUCGCUUGGAUGAUCACCAUUAUAGGUGACACACUGAAAAUACCAGAUUCAGUAAUGGGUAUCACUUUUCUGGCUGCGGGCACAAGUGUGCCGGAGGCGGUUUCCAGCGUUAUUGUGGCUAAAAGAGGUCACGGUUCUAUGGGAAUUUGCAAUUCGAUCGGCUCGAAUACUUUCGAUAUACUACUUUGUUUGGGUGUACCUUGGCUCAUCAAAGCUGUCUUCUUUCCCAUACAAGAGGGACAAAACUAUGUCGGCAUCAAUUCAGCUGGACUGGAGUAUUCGGCUAUAACGUUACUCUCCACCCUCUUUUUGCUCUAUAUCACAUUCUCGUUCAAUAAAUUCAAGCUGGAUCGAAGAGUGGGCAUGGCCUGCUUGGUUAUGUAUUUGGUCUUUAUGGUAUUCGCAUCGCUGAUAGAAUUGAAUGUUUUCUUCCGGGUCAACUUGCCAACAUGCGGACGUUCGUGAAGCGUGCACGCGAGCAGAGAGUACGUGAUGGAGAGGGGCGACAAGGAUAGAAAGUAGUAGUAGCGUGUGCGAAUUUUACGUACAAAUUUAAGUGGUAAAAAAAGAAACAAACUGGGCACAAAAUCCAAUUAUAUGUAGCAGUGAAUUGGGAGAAGAAAAAUUAUAAGUUCUGCUGCAGUAAAAAAAAAGUAUUUGUAAAAACUAAAAUAACAAAAACAUAGUUGAAGAUAUAGCAGUUACAAACAACCAGUUGGUUAUGCAACUCAGCUGCUUACUAAUAUAUUUCUUUUUCGUUGUACAAGGGUAUUAUAAGUUUAAGUUUUAUUUUGUUAACAUUUUUAUUUAAUUUUUUUGUUGUUAAUUUUUAUGCCAAAGCGCAGUGGUUUGAGCGAAAAGUGUACUCUAUAAUUUAAUGUAAAUAAAUUGAAAAGAAAAACUUUGUAAUAAUUGCUUUCUUAUUCAAUGAAAAAAUUUAAAGUGUCGAAUUCAUGAAAAUAAAUAAAGUCAUGCGGUGAAAAUAUACAUAUUCACCAGUUACAACCCUUUUGCUUAAUUAUGUAAAAUGUAAGUUGUGUAAUAAAUAAGUUUCCUUUAUAAAAUCUUAAAAGCGUUAAAAAAAUGCAAUAUUCGGUGUGGAAAAAAAAGAUUUUCGUAGCAUUUAGUUUAGCACUUACAUUUGUAAAACUAGCUUUUGAUUAAAAUUUAAAA